AAUGGAACAAGUAACGGUUUGCAGAUACGGAAAUCAGUUUUCUGUUAUGUGGAUUUGCUGCAACUUCAUUCUUCACCCUCUUCAUUCUUUAUUCUCCAAAUCCAUUCAGUAACUUCAUAUUUAAGCAGCAUUACAACGCUACGGGAGAGAUCGAUCCUGACGCCAUCAUUAACCCCAAAAAAGAGAGUAAUGAUGAGAAGAUCAAGUGCGACUUGUUUGAGGGAAAAUGGAUACCGGACUCCAACGGUUCACUGUAUACGAACUGGAGUUGUCCGCUGAUACCAAAUUCAAGGAAUUGCCUAAAAUUUGGAAGGGAAAAUGCUGAUUUUAUAAAUUGGAGAUGAAUGCCAAAUGACUGUGAGCUUCCAAUUCCAAGAUUCAAUGCUAAGACGUUCCUAUCAAUCGUUCGAGGGAAAAAGCUAGCGUUUAUUGGCGAUUCCCUUGCUAGAAACCAGAUGGACUCGCUUCUUUGUCUAUUAUCUCAAGGUGAAACUCCAAAGGAUGUCUACACAGACGAUUCGGAUCAUUAUCGAACAUUUUACUUUCCUUCUCAUGAUUUCACUCUCAUGGCCUACUGGACACAACACUUGUUUUCUUCAGCAGUGAAAAUAGUUAAUGGUUCAGAGACUGCAAUGUUUGAUAUACACCUCGACAGGAUCGACGAUAACUGGGGUCAGAAAUUACCUAUUCUAGAUUACGCUGUCAUUUCAAUAGGUCACUGGUUUAACCGGAAAAAUUACUUAUACGAAGGUGGUAAAGUAGUAGGCUGUAUAUACUGCGACGAACCAGAUGUGCCUAAUUUAGGACUUGCGGAUGUCGUAGGCAAAGCCAUGGGUAAAGCACUUGAAUACAUCAAUGAUUGUAAGGAGUGCAAAGCAUUGUUUACUUUGGUACGGACAUUUUCGCCUACACAUUUCGAGUACGGGUCUUGGAAUGAUGGAGGCAAAUGUAAAAGAACAAGUCCUUCCACUGAAAAACAAGCCGAUUAUGAUUUUCUAAUGGGAGUAAGGAAUUUCCAGGUGAAAGAAUUUGAGAAGAUUAAGAAGAGAACAACUGAUGGAAAGAGAUUUGAGAUUUUGGAUAUAACUAGGGCCAUGUUGAUGAGACCUGAUGGACAUCCAGGAACCAAUUCGCAUGACCCGAGUUAUAGAGAUUGUAUGCACUGGUGUCUGCCUGGACCUGUCGACGUAUGGAAUCAAUUAUUGAUGGUUUUGCUGCAGAACAAAGAUGGCUCAAUGAAGCAAACGCAAUUAAACUAACGGACAUGGAUCAUCAUCAGCUGUUCUCCAAUAUUCUUAUUCUCUUCAUCUCUUCAAAUCCCUGGUAAAAUGAAGAUUUGUAAGAUUUGUAAGCUGAUAAUGAUGACAAAUCCUACAUAAUUCUUUUACCUCUACUGGCCAUGUACGUUUGAGGCUUUUCAACAUUGCUUUUUUACCUGACAUAACAUUGUUUCCCAGGAAAAAAGAAACUUAUACCUCGCCAACAACGAAGAUGUAGUGACCCAAAACAAU